AAGUUCCAAGAUUUAUUUUAGAUUUCACACGGAAACUUGCAUGAUAUUGCAAUAAAAAAAGCAUCUGUGGUUCCUGGAAAGUUCAGAGAGUCACACCAAAAGCAAUGUAAAAAGCAUCAAUAUGGGACUUUAAAGGUCUAAGAGUUGCUGGACACACCGAAAGCAAGCCACCUUUAAAGGCUCCUCUUGCUUGCAUUCACCCUCUUCCUAAUUUGUCUUUCACUUUCCUGAGUUAUAUUGCAAUCCCUUCACAUUUUUCUUUCUCCUCCUUUCAGAUCUUUACAGCUGUUUGCUCAUAAAUCUUGAUGGCUCUUGUGACCUGCAAAGAAGCCUCAUCUUCUUCUUUCACCCACCAACCCAAGAAAUUUGAUGUCUUCUUGAGUUUCAGAGGUGAAGAUACCCGUCUUGGAUUUAUAGGUCAUUUAUAUAAUGCUUUGUGUCAACGGGGUAUUAACACCUUUAUUGAUAAUAACCUUCAAAGGGGAGAAGAAAUUUCUGUAGGACUUCUCAAAGUCAUUGAAAGUUCAAGGAUUUCAAUAAUUGUAUUCUCAGAAAACUAUGCAUCCUCCAAAUGGUGCUUGGAUGAACUUGCAAAGAUUGUUGAGUGUAAGAAAAAAGACCAUUUAGUGCUACCGGUUUUUUACAACAUAGAUCCAUCAGAAGUUCGUAACCAAAAAGGAAAGUUUGGAGAAGCACUAUCUAAACACGAAGAAAAAUUAAAGGAUGACAAGGUGCAGAGCUGGAGGGAAGCUUUAUUUGAAGCUGCAGAUAUAUCUGGUUGGCAUUACCAGCGUAGUUGCAGCGAGUUUGAAUUUAUCCAAGGAAUUGUUGAAGAGAUCUCAAAUUUUAAAUUAAAUUGCUCACCGUUAUUUGUCGCACGAUACCCAAUUGGAAUAAAUUUUCGUGUAAAGACCAUACUUUCAGAUAUUGAGUCAAAUGAUGGUCAUAUAAUAGGUAUCUAUGGCCCUGGUGGAAUUGGUAAGACAACAAUCGCAAAAGCUAUUUUUAAUAGAAUUUGUGAUGAUUUUGAUGGAUUUUGUUAUCUAGAAAAUUUAAGAGAAAGAUCGGGGACAAAUGCUGGUGUAAUCGAACUACAAGAGACACUUCUUUUUGAGAUCUUAAGGAAUACAAAUUUAAAGGUGGGUAACAAAUCAAGAGGAAUCAAUAUGAUAAAGGAAAGACUUUCAUUUAUGAGGAUCCUUUUAGUUCUUGAUGAUGUGGAUAAACGGAUCCAAAUAGAAAAUUUGCUUGGAAGAUGUGAUUGGUUUGCUUCUGGAAGCAAAAUCAUUAUAACAACAAGAGACAAACACUUGGCAGCUACUCUUGGAAAUUGUUGUUCAACCUACUCGGUUAAGGAAUUAGAUCAAGAUGAAGCUCUUGAACUUUUUAGUAUGCACGCCUUCCAAAGCAACAAACCCAAAGAUGAUUAUUUGGAACUUGCAGACAGAGUUAUACAAUAUGCCAAGGGAUUGCCGUUGGCUCUAGUAAUAAUUGGUGCUGAUUUGUAUGGAAGAACUAAACCUGAAUGGAGAAGUGCAGUAGAAAAGUAUGAAAGAAUUCCUAAUGAAGAAAUAAAAAAAAUACUUGAAAUAAGUUAUGUAGGAUUGGAUAAAACUGAAAAAGAUAUUUUCCUCGAUAUUGCAUGCUUCUUUGAGGGAUUUCCUAAGGAGUAUGUCAUUGAUAUACUGGAUGCUUGCAAUUUAUAUCCAAUUUGUGGAAUUCAAAGACUUAUCGAUAAGUGCCUAAUAACCGUUGGUCAAUAUGAUAAAUUGCUGAUGCAUGACUUGCUACGACAAAUGGGUAGAGACAUUGUUCAACGGGAAUCACCAAACUUGCCUGGAGAGCGCAGUAGGCUAUGGUGUUAUGAGGAUGUUCAUAAAGUACUAACACAAAAUAUGGGAUCAGAAAAAAUUCGAGGCAUAAGGAUAUGCUCACCUGAAUCAUCAAAGAUGAAAUUAGAACCUAAAUGUCUUGAAAAGAUGAAAAAUCUCAAGCUCCUCAUAGUUAGUAAUGUAGAUAUUUGUAGAGGUCUUAAAUAUCUUCCUAACGAAUUAAGGGUUCUUGAUUGGUCCGGAUUUCCUUUAUCUUCCUUACCACCUAAUUUUGAUCCUCAAAAUCUCAUUGCACUGAACAUGCCAGAAAGUCGAGUUACAUUGGACAAGCUUUUCAAGAGGAUACAAUGCAAAAACUUGACAUAUAUGAAUUUCAUUUCCAAUCAAUACAUCAGGGAAUUACCCGACUUAUUGAGUGCCACCCCAAAUGUAAAGAAAUUGGAUCUCCAAAGGUGUAAAAAAUUAGUCAAGAUUCAUGACUCUGUUGGAUAUCUUGAUAAGCUUGAAAGCUGGGACCUCUGGGGUUGCGAUGAACUUGAAAUUCUUCCAAGUUGUAUUGUGAUGAAAUCCCUUAAAUAUUUAUUUCUUUAUGAUUGCAAAAGGGUUAAAAGGUUCCCCGAUAUUCUACAAGAAAUGGAAAAUUUAAAGUUUCUAAGUCUGGGACACACUGCUAUUAGAGAGCUUCCUCCAUCAAUUGAGAAUCUCACUGGGCUUGAGCGAUUAGAAAUAGGUUCCAUUUUCUAUUCGUGUCAACUUCCUAGUAGCAUUUAUAAAUUGCAACAUCUUCGCACACUCCACCUUUAUGGUAAUGUCAAAUUUCCAAAGGACGUGGGGAUUGGUAGACAAGCAGCAGCGUGCAAUUCUUACGGUGGCUUUUCAAAAUAUUGUUUUCCAAAGAUGAAUUUUCUAAAAAAGUUGACUUCUUGCUUCACCCACUCAGAGAAAUGUUUAUUAUCAGGGAGUAAAGAUUUGAACCUCAGAGAAAGCAUUAUCAGAUUCAAUAGAUUAAAUUGGCUUCUAAUUCGGGAUUCCAAGUUCCUUAAGAAAAUUCCAAAGCUUCCAGAAAGUAUAAGACAAGUAAAUGCAACAAACUGCAUCUCGUUGAAUUCAGAAUCAUUAAGAAAAUUAAUCCUUCAGUUUGGAAGAAAUUUAGGGCUUUCACCAAAUAUGAAAUGUUCAGGUGUGAAACACAAAGUAUUAAUGGAUUCGCAUUCAUAUCGCAAAUUAUCGAAUCAGAUUGAUUGCUCUUCCCGGGUCUCCCUCUCCAAGUUCAUCGCAAUUCAUAAUGAGUUCUUUCCCACUCUAGAUAUGUAUCUGUUUGAUUAUGAAGAGAUAUAUGAUAUUACAGUACCAGGAAAGAAGAUUCCGAAUUGGAUCAAUCAUCAAAGCAUUGAAAGUUCCAUAUCAUUCUGGGUUGGUCCUGAGUUUCCAUCAAUUGCUGUUUGUGUUGCUCUUCAUCUAAUUCCGUUGAAGGAUAGUUACGCUAAUAAUGAUAAACACGGUUCUAUUCGUGAUGAUAGUAUCAAUUGUCUUUUUCAUAUCCACAUUUCUACCGAUAGUCGUAAGCGACGUCUCAUGGUUACGCGGCAUUUUUAUGGAUUGAAGUGUGAUCAUCUGUGGUUUCGCGGAGAACCUCACGGCCGAUUACAGAGGAGAUUCGGAGACUUGAUGCAAGGUGAUCGGAAUCAUGUUGAGAUUUCAUGUAAAAUCGAUCACUGGGUAAGUGAAAACGGAAAAUGUGCUCCUGUGAUUGCAAGGAUGGGAGUACAUGUGGAAUGCGUAUGUCCUCCUCAGAAUUCCGUUAUCAUCCAACACAAUUCUCAAAAUGUUGCUGACGACACAGAGCUGCUCGCACCUUUACUAUCUCCAAAUGGUUCACAGACAGACUCAGACGCAGGAGACACUUCAAGCUCCUCUAGUCCCUGA